AUGUUCGUGCAGGAGGAGAAGAUCUUCGCCGGGCGGGUGCUGCGGCUCCAUGUCUGCUCCAUGGAGGGCGCGGAGUGGCUGGAGGAGGUGCCCGAGGACACGACGGUGGAGAAGCUCAAGGAGCGGUGCUUGAAACAUUGUGUACCUGGGAGCUUAGAGGAUCCAAAAAGCAUAACGCAUCAUAAAUUGAUCCAUGCUACUUCAGAGAAGGUGCUGACAGAUACAAAAACAGUCUUGGAGGAAAAUAUUCAAGAUAAAGAUGUCUUGUUGUUGGUAAAGAAGCGAGCUCCCCCUCCGCCUCCCAAAAUGGCAGAAGUAUCAGCAGAGGAAAAAAGGAAGCAGGAACAGAAAGCUCCCGAUAAGGAUGCUAUUCUCAAAGCAACAGCAAAUCUGCCCUCUCGCAAUGUAGAUCGCACUGUGGCCCACCACAACAUGAGGGAUUUCCAGACAGAGCUCCGGAAGAUCUUAGUUUCACUUAUAGAAGUUGCACAGAAAUUGCUAGCACUGAACCCAGAUGCAGUUGAACUAUUUAAGAAGGCAAAUGCCCUGUUGGAUGAGGAUGAGGAAGACAGAGUGGAUGAAAUAGCCCUGCGCCAGCUUACAGAAAUGGGGUUUCCAGAGAGCCGAGCUGUCAAAGCCCUUCGGUUAAACCAUAUGUCAGUGACGCAGGCCAUGGAGUGGUUGAUAGAACACGCGGAUGACCCCACGGUUGAUGCACCGCUUCCAGGUCAGACCUCCUUAGAAGCUGCCUCUGAAGUGGGUGCUUCCUCUGCUGGAGCAAUUGCUGGUCCUAGUUUGGAAGCUGGUGGGGAAGAGCCCAAGGAUGAGCUGACGGAAAUAUUCAAGAAGAUCCGCAGGAAAAGAGAAUUUCGUCCUGACCCACGAGCUGUCAUUGCCUUGAUGGAGAUGGGCUUUGAUGAAAAAGAAGUGAUAGAUGCACUCAGAGUAAACAACAACCAGCAAAACGCAGCUUGUGAAUGGCUGCUGGGAGACAGAAAGCCAUCUCCAGAGGAUUUAGAUAAGGGAAUUGACACCACUAGCCCUCUCUUUCAAGCCAUCCUAGAAAACCCAGUGGUACAGUUAGGGCUAACGAACCCUAAAACGCUGUUAGCCUUUGAAGAUAUGCUUGAAAACCCCUUAAACAGCACUCAGUGGAUGAACGAUCCAGAGACGGGACCUGUCAUGCUACAGAUCUCUCGAAUCUUCCAGACGCUGAACCGCACGUAG